AUGUCUGACAUGCAGUACUGUGCAAUACUCCACGGGCACAGAGAGUUAUUACAGCUCAAUGUGAGAGCUGUUGACAGUGAACUAAAGCUGUUUUUGGAUCAGGUCUACAUAUUAAAUUUAUCAAAGAUCAAUUUUGUAGCCUGUCAGCUGUUUGCACUUUUGGCUGCAUUUUGGUUUCGUAUUUACUUGAGUCCCAGUCAUGCCAGCUCUGCUGUUCGCCAUGCAUUUGCCACCCUCUUUGGAAUAUACUUUGCUGUCUUCUGCUUUGGGUGGUAUUCCAUUCACCUUUUUGUCCUGGUGAUGAUGAACUAUGGCAUUAUGAAUAUGGCGAGUAUUCCCAACAUCCACAGGUACUCCUUUGUCGUAGCUAUGGGAUACCUCACACUGUGCCACAUAAGCCGAAUAUACAUAUUUCAUUAUGGUAUUCUCACUACAGAUUUUUCCGGAGGAUUAUGCUGUCCGCUGAUGAUAAUUACACAGAAGAUCACAACACUUGCAUGCCAGCUACAUGAUGGAAUAGGGCGACAAGCUGAGGAACUCACUGCUGAGCAAAAUCGGCUUGCUGUAAAGUCAAGACCUUCUUUACUGGAGUAUUUAAGUUAUCUCCUCAAUUUUAUGAGCAUCAUAGCAGGGCCUUGCAGCAAUUACAAGGAUUAUAUCGCCUUCAUUGAAGGGAGGCAUGUGCACAUGAAACUGUUAGAAGUGAACUGGAAGCAGAAGGGUUAUGACAGACUUCCUGAUCCUUCUCCAACUUCAAGACUUGGUUACCUGUAUGUUGUAACACAGGCAGCAAAACCAAAGUAUUAUUUUGCAUGGACGUUGGCAGAUGCAGUCAACAAUGCAGCUGGUUAUGGAUUCAGUGGAGUUGAUGAGAGAGGCACUUUCCGCUGGGACCUGUUGUCCAAUUUGAAUAUCUGGAACAUUGAGACUGCAACAAGUUUUAAAAUGUACAUUGAGAACUGGAACAUUCAGACAGCUGCCUGGCUGAAACGUGUCUGCUAUGACAGAGCUCCCUGGUACCCUACAGCUUUAACAUUUAUCCUGUCGGCCCUGUGGCAUGGUAUCUAUCCUGGAUAUUAUUUUACAUUUCUCACUGGAAUCCUUAUCACACUCGCAGCCAGAGCAAUAAGAAACAACUGCAGACAUUACUUCCUCUCGUCAGUGCCUCUUAAGAUAGCCUACGACGUUGUUACCUGGGCGGUCACUCAGCUGGCCGUGUGCUACACUGUCGCACCCUUCGUUAUGCUGGCUGUGGAGCCCACCAUUAAAUUUUACAAGUCUGUGUAUUUUCACAUGCACAUUCUAAGCAUCCUGGUGUUGCUCCUGUUACCAAUCAGACCUCAAACCCACUCUGUAAGAAGGGCUCAGAAUCAGGCCACGAUGAACUCUAUUAAAAGCAAAGUCAAAUGAUGCCUCCAAAGAAAACUGCCAGCAUUGGGAAAUCAAACUGUUAUAUUGUAAACAAAAAAAUAAGAAGAAAAACGGGUUGCAGGAGGAUUGAAGUACAAGACAAGUAGCAUUUCUGUUGGCUGUCUUAAAAUCAUACUGGAGAGGGCAGAGAAGAGCCUGAAUGACUGUAUUUCAAAUUAUUCCAGUUAAUGGAGAUUCUACAGGCAACGUUUACAGGCUCAUGGGGCAUUUCAUUUUUAUAAUAAAUAUUUUUAUGAAGUGUUUUUAUAUAUUUAAACUUUUUCACAGAGAGGCAUUUUUUUCUCUUUUACAGAAAUACACAAAUAUUAAUCAACAAAUAAUCUCAUGAUUAGAGAGAGGGACAGAAAGCAGCUAGUAAAGAGUUAGACCAGCUGCCUGAUAGCCUGGUGCUGUAGGCAGCUGUUAGGGGAAACUUUUCAUCUCUUGGUUGUGGAGAGAGAUGGAGCAAGUAGAAGACUACAGGCAUGAGGUUGCUCAAAGUGCUGGCACUGAAUUGUGCCCCAUCAGGGGGGAAGGGGAGCGGGGCUUUCCCCAGCAAACCCCGGGGCAGGGACUGCAGCCUGAGCUGGGCAGCAAAGGUACUUCACAUCCUUCAGUGUGACACCUGCUGUUGAUGAGGGCAAGACAAGUCCCUUGGGAAUCGGUGUCUGGGAGCACUGAUAACUGGCUAAGCCAAAAUUUAAAGCCAAGUAAAUGAACAACAAAAGGCAGAAGGGGAAACUCAAAUCUAGAGGAAAAGAAGGGACAUAGAGCCUGUGGUCUGUAGAGCUGUGCUUCUCUGAUGAUGCAGCUGGUGCUCAUUGCUACAUCAGCCUUACUUUGUAGUCAUAGUGAUGCAGCACUUCCUUUUUGGUAUCAAUUCGAGUGAGGAGCCAUACAGGGUUAGUGUUUUAAAACUUGCAGUUAUGGGUUAAAUCUGAAAAAGCUUUGUAGUGGAUCAGACUGUUCUACUCAAAAACAUCCCAUCUGAUGGAGGGGUUACAUUCCCGCAGAUAACACUAAUAGGAAACCUGAACAGUAAUUAUCACAGUCAUAAUAAAUCAUUCUCUACAAAAUAUUGUGAUGUGAUAUGAUCACCACAAGAGUCAAGACUGAGUCCUUGUGUGAUCUUGACAUAUGACUUAACUGUUGAUCCAAGUUUCCUUGCUUGUAAAGUCCUUGACUUACAGGGACAUUUUGAGGCUUGAUUCCUAAGCACUCGUUGUGCAUUGAGAUAACCUGCUGCAAAAUGCUGUGUCAGGGUUUUUUGUUUUAUUUUGUUUUUUUUUUUUCCUUAAAUCCACUUAACCCAGUAAAAUAGACUGGUACCCCACAUCAAAAGGAACUGAAACUUUUUUCUUAAAUGUUUUCCAGGAAUGUUUUUAUCAGGAUUUAGAAGCAGUUCCCUUGUUAAAGUAUUGGUAUUACUUUAUCGACAUUUAACUAAUGUGUGAUUGAGGAAAGAAUCUGCUGUUCACAGCAUUUUGAUUUUUGUGUCAGAUUAAAAUUUUGCAGAAUCCUAAUGUUUUGAGAAGAAACAAAUCAGUGAAACCAACACAAGUUCAAAAAAAGUGAUUUUGUUUUUUUUCCUCUGAUGGGAGUUUUUUGUCCUGUGCCCACAUUAUGAUUUGGAGCAUAGUUCAUGGAAGAGUUUAUUUGCUAAUUUAUUUUAAAGGGUAAGAUGGGAUUAAAAGAUUGAUCUAAAUAAACAAUUUGCUUUGUGUCA